CGGUGUCCAUCCCUGAGAGGCGCCGGACCUGGAGCCGGUUGCAGGGUCCUGCGGCUAAGGGACCCUUCCGCGGCACACGCCUCACUGGCUGGAGAAGCCGGGCCCCUCGGCAGAGUCGGGGAUGUGACUGCUCGGCGGCGGCGGCAGAGUCCGGGGCCGGGGGAGGGGUGUCUCGGGUAGACCCCUAGCUCGGGGCAGCUGAGGCGCCGGGCCUCCUCCCCUGUGGCCGCCUCCCGGUUCGGGGCCGCGGGAGUCCUUCGCCCCUCACAGUUCUGCUCUGGCUCUGGGACCCCCGGGGUGGUCUCAGUUUCAACCUACCUGGGACACUCAGUUUCCUGAGGCGUGGAGGAGCGUCGGCCCCGAGUAAGCUGCCCGCGCCCCGCCUGGGGAAGUCUCUCUUUCACCCCGAGGCCGCCCUUCGCUCGAUUCCAACCCCAAGUUUGGCCACGGAGCCCCCCAUUCAAAUCAUCUCCCUGCUGUCAAGCCAUCUCCACGGUCCUCCCAGAUUGCUUCCGCCGGCCUCCGAUGUCCUGACUUCUUCCAAUGUCACCUACAGCCCCAUUGGUCUCAGUGCAGCCCAAAACUUUAAUGCAAAGGAAAAGUCUGGAUUGGUUUCACAGGCCUUUUAAAAAGCGGACUUAAAAGUUGCUGGUCAUGCAUUCCUUCUCGGCGGAGUGGAGAGCAAGCUCUGGUUGAGAUCUGUGUGACCCGUGUCAUUUUCCGGAGAGCAGGGUAGGGAAGAGAGAGCGGCAGGAAAUUUGUGGGAGAGACAGAUUGGUGACUUCCACAGGGAAAGUUGUAGAGAAGCAUCCAAGACGUUCAACGAUUCCAGCACGCUGAGGAGUUGAAAUGACUCUUAGUACGGUUGACCCUUCUCACACUUCCCUGUGAAUAUUUCUAUCUAAAAUUUUCCUCUUUCAAGGAAACUGUUCUUCAGCCCUCAAAAUAGAGUCAAGAAGCUUUUGGGUAGCGUUGUGAUUACAUGGCUUCAAAUUAAUUAACUUGGAAAAGAAUUCCAGACUCCGGUUUACAUGUAUGAACCUCAAACCCAGUUUCCCUUUCUCAUGGAAGUUGUCUUUCUGUGAUUGACCCCAGUUACUGGCGUGGGACCAUUCUGGAAGAUCUUGAACCCUCUUCUGGAAAGGGGUGCCUAUCAUUGCUUUAUGGGGCAGCAGCCUGGAAAAGUUCUUGGGGACCAAAGAAGGCCUAGUUUGCCCGCCCUGCAUUUUAUCAAGGGGUCAGGGAAGAGGGACUCAUCGCGGCACGGGGGUCCACACUGCAACGUGUUUGUGGAACAUGAAGCCCUGCAGAGGCCAGUGGCAGCUGACUUUGAGCCCCAGGGUCUCAGUGAAGCCGCUCGAUGGAACUCCAAGGAAAACCUUCUUGCUGGGCCCAGUGAAAAUGACCCCAACCUUUUUGUGGCUCUCUAUGAUUUUGUGGCCAGUGGAGAUAACACUCUCAGCAUCACUAAAGGUGAAAAGCUCCGGGUCUUAGGUUAUAAUCACAAUGGGGAAUGGUGUGAAGCCCAAACGAAAAAUGGCCAAGGAUGGGUCCCAAGCAACUACAUCACCCCUGUCAACAGCCUGGAGAAACAUUCCUGGUAUCACGGGCCUGUGUCCCGAAAUGCCGCCGAGUAUCUGCUGAGCAGCGGGAUCAAUGGCAGCUUCUUGGUUCGGGAGAGCGAGAGUAGCCCUGGCCAGAGGUCCAUCUCGCUGAGAUAUGAAGGGAGGGUGUACCACUACAGGAUCAACACCGCCUCUGAUGGCAAGCUCUACGUCUCCUCAGAGAGCCGCUUCAACACUCUGGCUGAGUUAGUCCACCAUCAUUCCACAGUGGCCGAUGGGCUCAUCACCACGCUCCACUACCCAGCUCCCAAGCGCAACAAACCCACCAUCUACGGUGUGUCCCCCAACUAUGACAAGUGGGAAAUGGAGCGCACAGACAUCACCAUGAAGCACAAGUUGGGUGGAGGCCAGUAUGGGGAGGUGUACGAAGGUGUCUGGAAGAAGUACAGCCUGACUGUGGCUGUGAAGACCUUGAAGGAAGACACCAUGGAGGUGGAGGAGUUCCUGAAGGAGGCUGCAGUGAUGAAGGAGAUCAAGCAUCCUAACCUGGUACAGCUGCUAGGGGUGUGUACCCGGGAGCCCCCGUUCUACAUCAUCACGGAGUUCAUGACCUAUGGUAACCUGCUGGACUACCUGAGAGAGUGUAACCGGCAAGAGGUGAGCGCUGUGGUACUGCUCUACAUGGCCACACAGAUCUCAUCAGCCAUGGAGUACCUGGAGAAGAAGAACUUCAUCCACAGAGACCUUGCUGCUCGGAACUGCCUGGUUGGGGAAAACCAUUUGGUGAAGGUGGCCGAUUUUGGCCUGAGCAGGUUGAUGACAGGGGACACCUACACAGCCCAUGCUGGAGCCAAAUUCCCCAUCAAGUGGACUGCGCCCGAGAGCCUGGCCUACAACAAGUUCUCCAUCAAGUCGGACGUCUGGGCAUUUGGAGUAUUGCUCUGGGAAAUUGCUACCUAUGGCAUGUCACCUUACCCGGGAAUUGACCUGUCGCAGGUUUAUGAGCUGCUGGAAAAAGACUACCGUAUGGAGCGCCCUGAAGGCUGCCCGGAGAAGGUCUAUGAACUCAUGCGAGCAUGUUGGCAGUGGAAUCCCUCUGACCGACCCUCCUUUGCUGAAAUCCACCAAGCCUUUGAAACCAUGUUCCAGGAGUCCAGUAUCUCAGAUGAGGUGGAAAAGGAGCUGGGGAAACGAGGCCUGAGAGGAGCUGCUGGCAGCAUGCUGCAGGCCCCAGAGCUGCCCACCAAGACCAGGACCUGCAGGAGAGCUGCCGAGCAGAAAGACGCACCUGACACGCCUGAGCUUCUCCACAUGAAAGGCCUGGGAGAAAGCGAUGUGCUGGACAGCGAGCCUGCCGUAUCACCUCUGCUUCCUCGGAAAGAGCGAGGGCCCCCAGACGGCGCCCUGAAUGAAGAUGAGCGCCUUCUUCCCAAGGACAAGAAGACCAACUUGUUCAGCGCCUUGAUUAAGAAGAAGAAGAAAAUGGCGCCAACGCCCCCUAAGCGCAGCAGCUCCUUCCGAGAGAUGGAUGGCCAGCCAGAGCGCAGGGGGGCUGGUGAGGAUGAUGGCCGGGAAGUCAGCAACGGGCCACCAGCUCUCACCCCCUCAGAGGCGCCAGAGCCCAAGUCUCCAAAAGCCAGCAACGGGGCUGGUGUCCCCAAUGGAGCCUUCCGGGAGCCAGGCAGCUCGGGCUUCCGGUCUCCCAACCUGUGGAAAAAGUCCAGCACACUGACCAGCAGCCGCCUGGCUGCCGGGGAAGAGGGCAGCGGCAUCAGCUCCAGUAAGCGAUUCCUGCGCUCUUGCUCAGCCUCCUGCAUGCCCCAUGGAGCCAGGGACACGGAGUGGCGGUCAGUCACACUGCCUCGGGACCUGCCAUCUGCUGGCAAGCAGUUCGACUCAUCCACCUUUGGGGGGCACAAAAGCGAAAAGCCAGCUCUGCCUCGGAAACGUGCCAGUGAGACCAGGUCUGAGCAGGUGGCCAGAGGCACGGUGACGCCCCCUCCACGCCUGGUGAAGAAGAGUGAGGAGGCUGCUGAUGAAGUCUUCAGGGACAUGGAGUCCAGCCCAGGCUCCAGCCCUCCCAGCCUGACUCCCAAACUCCUCCGUCGGCAGGUCACUGCCUCUCCUUCCUCUGGCCUCUCUCAUAAGGAAGAGGCCACCAAGAGCACGGCCUUGGGGACUCCUGCCACUGCCGAGCCGACACCCCCCAGCAACAGAGUGGGCCUGAGCAAGGCCUCCUCUGAGGAGACCCGAGUAAGGAGGCCCAAGCACAGCUCGGAGUCCCCAGGGAGGGACAAGGGGCGGCUGGCCAAGCUCAAGCCCGCCCCGCCCCCUCCACCUGCCUCGGCAGGGAAAGCCGGAAAGCCUGUGCAGAGCCCCAGCCAAGAGGUGGCUGCCGAGGCAGGGGCGGCAGCAAAGCCGAAGGGCUCGGGUCUGGCUGUGGACGCUGCGAACACUGACCCCACCAAGGCUGGCCAGCCUGGGGAAGGACUGCGAAAGCCCGUGCCCCCAUCCGGUCCAAAGCCUCAGUCAGCCAGUAAGUCUCCAGGGACCCCCACCAGCCCAGCCCCCACACCCCCCACAGCGCCAGCGCCUUCAUCCCUGCCUGGGGACCAGCCAUCCUCUGCCGCCUUCAUCCCCCUAAUAUCAACCCGUGUGUCUCUGCGGAAGACCCGCCAGCCGCCCGAGCGCAUCGCCAGUGGCACCAUCACCAAGGGUGCGGUUCUGGACAGCACUGAGGCCCUGUGCCUCGCCAUCUCCCGGAACUCAGAGCAGAUGGUCAGCCACAGUGCCGUGCUGGAGGCUGGCAAGAACCUGUACACAUUCUGCGUGAGCUACGUGGACUCCAUCCAGCAGAUGAGGAAUAAGUUUGCCUUCCGCGAGGCCAUCAACAAGCUGGAGAGCAACCUCCGAGAGCUGCAGAUCUGCCCCGCGACAGCCUCCAGCGGCCCAGCUGCCACACAGGACUUCAGCAAGCUGCUUAGCUCCGUGAAGGAGAUCAGCGACAUCGUACGGAGGUAGCAGCAGCCAGUGCAUGCCAGCCGGAGAUGCUGCAGUCCACGGGGCUUGUGUGCCCUUAAGGAUGGGGACCGGGGACUGGGGAGCUGGCAGCUUGGCCCAGGAGCUUUACAAAGCAUCAGGCAGAGCCAGGGCCUCCUGACACCGGCCCUCCUCUUGUGCUGCGCCAGCUGUCCUUCGCCUUUCCUCCCCAGCCCAGGGGCCUGUGUGUGGGCCUCCUGCUCCAAAGACUGCAGUUGGCCUACCAGGCCACCAGGCUCCUCCCUGCCCAGUGCCUCAGACCCAGCUCCGAGGCCAGCUGGGAGUGCUCAGAAGGACUGUCCUUCCCAUGUCUUCGCAGGAGAACAUCCUCCUCUGAUGCGCCUGGUCACCAAGGCAGGGGAGUCCCGUCCCUGAACCUUCUAUGCUCACGACCUGUCCCAGAGAGGCUGUGCUCACUGUUCCUCAUGUGAAGGAAGCUGUUGAUUUGAGGGUCAUGAGGUGCUAACACCAAGGGCCCAGGUGGGUGGGUACUGGAGACAGAGCCAGGGCAGUGUGGUCUGUCAUCUGUUUAGAUCCUCAGUGGUGUGCUCUGCAGGCCUGGAUAGCAACUUGAGUUUCAUGGGUGGCAGUCUCUGGGUUGGCCAGGCCAAGGCUAGGGCUCCAGGGGCCCCCAAAGAUCUGAAUUUCUGAGCAGUCUUCUUCCCUCUCCUGCUCCUGAGGUCAGGCCCAUCCUGUCUGGUCCUUGCCUUGAUGGCGAGGCUCUGGUCUUCUGUUGUUUUUGAGCAUUCCAAAACUCUGCACAGAAAGGAGCACCACUAGGCACAAAUAGGCAGGAAGGACCACCGGCCUGGGGCUCUCCUGAGCCCUGGCUGCUCCCCAGAACUGCUGCUGCUUAAACACCGAGAACGGUGCUUCUUCGCCUGGUGCUCCCGGAGGCGCACCACAGCACAGGCUGGGGGCGGGGUAUACUUCGCAGGCUCAGCCAGGGCAUGUCUUCCUUCCCCAGCAGCCAGGACCAGAGCUGAGCAGAGACAGGCGUGUGUCUCCUUGACUGUGACCCAGAGCAGCCAGCUGAGGAGCGGGGCGCCUGCCUAGGCCUUGCGCUGGGCCAGGCGAGACAGCACCACACUCCUGCCUCUCCACUUGGCUGCACUGUGCUGGCCCCAGUCCCACACUCAUCACCUAGACUCGGCUUGUGUUUUUCUGUAGAGAUGACUUCCUCUGGGGUGCUCCCCAUGGUCCUCAUAGCACAUCACCUCCUUGCCUCCAGCGGCCCUUCUGCCGCCCGGGGGAGGCGGUGCCACACUGCCAGCGGCCCCGAAAAGCCAGACACCCCCGUAUUCUGAAACCACGUUCACAAGGUACCAGUCUGUCGUUGCUGACAUGAUGUGCCACUAUAUUUUACAUUAUACUUUGGUAUUACACUUUUUAAAAUAGACUUGCUCUCUUAUAAAUGACAUGUAAAUAGGUUGCCACCGUGCCCCUCUGGCACACCAGUGACAUCCCCCUUUUUUCUCAGUCAGUACAUUUUGUUUCUGUAUAUGACUCUGUGUUUUUGAAUCCAAAUCUCUCUGUAGUAUUUUUUAAAUAAAUACGUGUUUACAGAACUA